UUGCCAUAUCUAACACUAUCUUAAAUAUCACUUCAUUAUACUCAAACUUGACACAUCAAAAAAUACACAUAAAAAUGCCACUUCAGGCUGCAUCUUUGCUUCCUUCUGCAUUAUCCAUCCCAAAGGAGGUGAAGUCGAAUGCUUGCCUCAAGGACUCGAACUUGUUUGGGGUCUCUCUUUUCGACUAUGUUAAACUUGAUUUCAGUUCCUCUGAUUUAAGGUGCAAGAGAGAAUGCAAUGUGACAAGAAAAACAAUCAGACCAAUCAGGGCACGAACUACUGCAGUAGCAACACCAGGUGUAACAAAAUCAAUGUCAGACCAAAAGAAAACACUAAGAAAAGGCAGUGUUAUAGUAACUGGUGCAUCCUCUGGUCUAGGCCUUGCAGCUGCCAAAGCACUGGCCGAGACUGGAAAGUGGCACGUAAUUAUGGCGUGCAGGGACUUCCUUAAGGCCGAAAGAGCAGCCAAAUCUGCUGGUAUGUCCAAAGAGAAUUACACCAUAAUGCACCUUGAUCUUGCCUCUCUUGACAGUGUGAGGCAGUUUGUGAACAACUUUAGGCAAUCAGGAAGGCCCCUUGAUGUUUUGGUUUGCAAUGCUGCUGUUUAUCUUCCUACUGCUCGAGAACCUGCCUAUACUGCUGAUGGGUUUGAGCUCAGUGUUGGGACUAACCAUCUCGGCCAUUUCUUGCUCUCAAGGUUGUUGCUCGAGGACUUGAACAAGUCCGACUAUCCUUCUAAAAGGGUAAUCAUAGUUGGAUCUAUAACAGGUAACACAAACACAUUGGCUGGGAAAGUGCCUCCAAAAGCGAACCUAGGAGACUUGAGGGGACUCGGAGGUGGAUUGAAUGGCUUAAACAGCUCUCCCAUGAUCGACGGAGGAGACUUUGACGGUGCCAAAGCGUACAAGGACAGCAAAGUCUGCAACAUGCUCACAAUGCAAGAAUUCCAUCGUCAAUACCAUGAAGAGACCGGUAUCACAUUUGCCUCUCUAUACCCUGGCUGCAUUGCCUCAACAGGACUGUUCAGAGAACAUAUCCCUUUAUUUAGGCUUCUUUUCCCUCCUUUCCAAAAGUUCAUCACAAAGGGCUUUGUCUCUGAAGAUGAAGCUGGAAGAAGACUUGCCCAAGUUGUGAGUGACCCAAGUUUAACAAAAUCAGGUGUAUAUUGGAGUUGGAACAAGGAUUCGGCCUCAUUCGAGAAUCAGCUUUCUCAAGAAGCCAGUGAUCCGGAAAAGGCCAAGAGAGUCUGGGAGAUUAGUGAAAAACUAGUUGGUUUAGCUUAGUAUCUUAAGGAAAUAUCACAAAUUUUAUCACAGAAUUGUGCAAAUGUGAGAGAAGUUAGCAUCCAAAUUUCUGGGGUUUUAGAUAGGCCUGAUAUGAUUGUGAUUUUGCGCAGUUUGUAAGUAGUUUUCUUUUUCGGAUUCGUAAUAAAAACCUUCUAAUCCCUUUGAUAAAUUGAAGAUGUCCCUCAAAUUGAAUAUAGGACAAAAAAGCAACAUAGUCUUCAAUAGUGCCACACAAGAAUGAAUAGAAAGCUAUGGCAUGCCCGCAAUGUUGCCAUUCAUAUCCCAAUUUCUACAAGAACAUGU